GGAGGCGGCGAUCCCGGCGGAGGGGGCCGUUCGCCAGCUCGGAGGCAGAAAGUGCCACGACUCCACACGCGCGCACGCAGCCAGCGAGCGGCCGGAGCGGACGGCAGACGGGGCGGGCGGCGUCGGGGUCGCGGUGCCUGCAGCUGCUCGGGGGCGGCUUCUCAGUGGAGGCUCGGCAGGCUCCUCUCUCCCGGUUCCGCGGCGGCGGCGAAGGCGGCGGCUCCUGCCUUCUCGCUCUCCCUCUCGCGUCUCCGGCUGCAGGUGAAAGGGAAGCAAGCCAGAAUGGACAUUUACGACACUCAGACCUUGGGGGUUGUGGUCUUUGGCGGAUUCAUGGUUGUUUCUGCCAUUGGCAUCUUCCUGGUGUCGACCUUCUCCAUGAAGGAAACGUCAUAUGAAGAAGCCUUAGCCAACCAGCGCAAGGAGAUGGCAAAAACUCACCACCAAAAAGUAGAGAAGAAAAAGAAGGAGAAAACAGUGGAAAAGAAAGGGAAGACCAAGAAAAAGGAAGAGAAACCCAACGGCAAGAUACCUGACCACGAGCUAGCACCCAACGUGACCGUCCUCCUUAGAGAGCCAUUGCGGGCCCCUGCCGUGGCUGUGGCUCCAACCCCAGUCCAGCCUCCCGUGAUUGUUGCCCCUGUUGCCACAGUUCCAGCCAUGCCCCAGAAGCCGGCCUCCUCCCCUAAGGACAAAAAGAAGAAGGAGAAAAAAGUGGCAAAAGUGGAACCAGCUGUCAGUUCUGUAGUGAAUUCCAUCCAGGUUCUUGCCUCAAGAACCAUCUUGGAAACCGCUCCCAAGGAGGUGCCCAUGGUGGUUGUGCCGCCAGUAGGUGCCAAGGCCAAUACCCCAGCUACCGGCACUGCUCAGGGCAAAAAGGCCGAGAGUGCCCAGAACCAGGGCAAAAAGGCCGAGGGUGCCCAGAACCAGGGCAAAAAGGCCGAGGGCGCCCAGAACCAGGGCAAAAAGGCCGAGGGGGCCCAGAACCAGGGCAAAAAGGCCGAGGGCUCCCAGAACCAGGGCAAAAAGGCCGAGGGCGCCCAGAACCAGGGCAAAAAGGCCGAGGGCGCCCAGAACCAGGGCAAAAAGGCCGAGGGGGCCCAGAACCAGGGCAAAAAGGCCGAGGGGGCCCAGAACCAGGGCAAAAAGGCCGAGGGCGCCCAGAACCAGGGCAAAAAGGCCGAGGGUGCCCAGAACCAGGGCAAAAAAGUGGAAGGGGCUCCCAACCAGGGAAAAAAGGCUGAGGGGGGUCAGAACCAGGGCAAAAAGGUGGAUGGGAGUCCUAACCAGGGCAAAAAAGCAGAGGGAACCCCCAACCAGGGCAAAAAGGCAGAUUCAGUUGCUAAUCAGGGCACAAAGGCAGAGGGUGUUACGAACCAGGGGAAAAAAGCAGAGGGGGUCCCCAGUCAAGGCAAAAGGGCAGAGGGAACACCAAACCAGGGCAAAAAGGCAGAAGGGUCCCCCAACCAAGCCAAGAAGGUGGACGUGGCUGCUAAUCAGGGUAAAAAGAGAGAGUCAGCUCCCAUCCAGGGCAAAAAUACAGAUACGGUCCAGAGCCAGGAGGUACCAAAGCAAGAGGCUCCUGCAAAGAAGAAGUCUGGUUCAAAGAAAAAGGGUGAUCCUGGGCCCCCAGAUUCUGACAGCCCUCUCUGCCUCCCCUACAAGACACUGGUCUCCACGGUUGGGAGCAUGGUGUUCAACGAGGGAGAGGCCCAGCGGCUCAUCGAGAUCCUGUCUGAGAAGGCUGGCAUCAUUCAGGACACCUGGCAUAAGGCGACUCAGAAGGGUGACCCUGUGGCAAUUCUGAAACGCCAGCUGGAAGAGAAGGAAAAGCUGCUGGCCACAGAGCAGGAAGACGCGGCUGUGGCCAAGAGCAAGCUCCGGGAGCUCAACAAGGAGAUGGCUGCAGAAAAAGCCAAGGCAGCAGCCGUGGAGGCCAAGGUGAAAAAGCAGCUGGUGGCGCGGGAGCAGGAGAUCACGGCUGUGCAGACGCGCAUGCAGGCCAGCUACCGGGAGCACGUGAAGGAGGUGCAGCAGCUGCAGGGCAAGAUCCGGACUCUGCAGGAGCAGCUGGAGAACGGCCCCAACACUCAGCUGGCCCGUCUGCAGCAGGAGAACUCCAUCCUGAGGGACGCCCUGAACCAGGCCACGAGCCAGGUGGAGAGCAAGCAGAAUGCGGAGCUGGCCAAGCUCCGGCAGGAGCUCAGCAAGGUCAGCAAGGAGCUGGUGGAGAAGUCGGAGGCGGCACGGCAGGAGGAGCAGCAGCGGAAGGCUCUGGAAGCCAAGACAGCUGCCUUCGAGAAACAGGUCCUGCAGCUGCAGGCGUCGCACAAGGAGAGCGAGGAGGCCCUGCAAAAGCGGCUGGACGAGGUCAGCCGGGAACUCUGCCGCACACAGACCAGCCACGCCAGCCUCCGGGCGGACGCUGAGAAGGCCCAGGAGCAGCAGCAGCAGAUGGCCGAGCUGCACAGCAAGUUACAGUCCUCUGAAGCAGAGAUGAGGAGCAAAUGUGAGGAGCUGAGUGGUCUCCACGGGCAGCUCACAGAGGCCAGGGUGGAAAACUCCCAGCUCAUGGAGAGAAUCCGAUCCAUCGAGGCCCUGCUGGAGGCGGGCCAGGCCCGGGACGCCCAGGCCAGCCGAGCGGAGGCCGACCAGCAGCAGACCCGCCUCAAGGACCUGGAGUCCCAGGUGUCGUGUCUGGAGAAGGAGGCCACUGAGCUCAGGGAGGCUGUGGAGCAGCAGAAAGUGAAGAACAACGACCUCCGAGAGAAGAACUGGAAGGCCAUGGAGGCGCUGGCCAUGGCUGAGAGGGCCUGCGAGGAGAAGCUGCGCUCCCUGACCCAGGCCAAGGAGGAGUCAGAGAAGCAGCUCCGCCUGACCGAGACGCAGACCAGGGAGGCCCUCCUGGCUCUGCUCCCUGAACUCUCUGUCUCGGCACACCAGAAUUACACUGAGUGGCUGCAGGAGCUCAAAGAGAAAGGCUCUGAGCUGCUGAAGCAGCCGCCAGCUACCACAGAGCCCUCCUUGGACCUGGCCUCCAAGUUAAGGGAGGCUGAGGAGACCCAGAGCACGCUGCAGGCCGAGUGCGACCAGUACCGCACCAUCCUGGGCGAGACAGAGGGCAUGCUCAAAGACCUGCAGAAGAGCGUGGAAGAGGAGGAGCAGGUGUGGAAGGCCAGAGUGGGUGCCGCGGAGGAGGAGCUGCAGAAGUCACAGGCUGCAGUGAAACAUCUCGAAGAGAUUGUAGAGAAGCUAAAAGGAGAACUUGAGAGUUCAGAUCAGGUGAGGGAGCACACCUCGCACCUGGAGGCGGAGCUCGAGAAGCACAUGGCAGCCGCCAGCGCUGAGUGCCAGAACUAUGCCAAGGAGGUGGCAGGGUUGAGGCAACUUUUAUUAGAAUCUCAGUCUCAGCUGGAUGCAGCCAAGAGUGAAGCCCAGAAACAGAGUGAUGAGCUUGCCCUGGUCAGGCAGCAGUUGAGUGAGAUGAAGAGCCACGUAGAGGAUGGUGACGUAGCUGGGUCCCCGGCUGCCUCCCCAGAGGCACCCCCAGCCGAGCAGGACCCUGUCAAGGUUAGGGCGCUGAAAACGCAGCUGGAGCGGACAGAGGCCGUCCUGGAGGACGAGCAGAUGCAGAGGCACAAGCUCACGGCCGAGUUUGAGGAGGCUCAGACCGUGGCAUGUCGGUUACAAGAAGAGCUAGAGAAGCUCCGCACUGCUGGGCCCCUGGAGUCUUCAGAAAUAGAGGAGGCCGCGCAGCUGAAGGAAAGACUAGAAAAAGAGAAAAAGUUAACAAGUGACCUGGGACGUGCUGCCACCAAACUGCAGGAGCUUUUGAAGACAACCCAGGAGCAGCUGGCAAAGGAGAAAGACACAGUGAAAAAGUUGCAGGAACAGCUGGAAAAAACAGAGGACGGUAGCAGCUCAAAGGAGGGCACCUCUGUCUGAGUCUCCUCUGUGGAAAAAGAAGUUACUGUUCAACUUACCAAAAUGCCUUACACAUUCCUUACAAAUACAUAAACCAACCAAUACAGCGUUAUCCAGGCCCAACUUCCGGUAGCUCCAAGAGAAGCCAUUAGAGACAAGAGUCUCUUAGAGCCACAGAAAUAGAUCUUCCAGACCCCCAAUUUGUAAAAGAACCUUUGUCACAUUUGAUAAACACUAUUCCCCGGGAGCAGCCCAGGACCGCCGCCGCGCAGACGCCAAAGCCCUCGUCAACUCUGUGACAGCCCCCGCGGGUGUGUGCCAGGAGGCCAACGCUCUGGGGAUCUGUCAGUCAGUGCAAUUGUCUUUUUUCAGUGGGGCAGGGCCGGGAGGUGGCCGGGACCAGGUGGUAAGUUCUCGAAGGCUGUGGGGCAGACUGGAGGGCCGCGGCCCAGCCCAGCGAGGCAGCAACCCUGCACCCCUCGAAGUUGCCAGCCAGAACUGACUGUGACCUCCUCGAUGUUAAUGCCAUUAAAACCAACGUUGUUGCCCGGC